AUGCCUCUCUUUCCACCUUCGCGCGUCAAGGCUGCUUGGUUAGAGGCUGGUAAAGACGUCAGAAGAGCAACGGACCUGCUAGAGACUCCUGGUUGGUCACCUAAAUCCGCAGCCACACUGCAGGCGCCCGUGACAGGCAAGGUUAAAGAGCUCGAGGAAGCUGCGAAGGCGGAGAAGGCAGCUACGAAGGAGCGCGCCAAGAAGUCCAUGAUUUAUGCCAACCGUGCCGUCUUGGAUAAAUCUCAGAAGAAGCAGAGUCCUCCGCCGUCUUCCGUCAACCCGCCAGGCAAGCCCAUUGAUCUCACGGCUUCCCCUCUCAGCCCGGCGGUGGGAGCUCGCCCGGCCAAGCGUGCGAAGAAGUUGGUCGUGGCCUCGGACUCUGAGGAGUCUGGUAUUGAGCUCGACGUGAAACCUCGUAGCAAGCGCCCUUCAGAGGACUUGUCAGAUGCAGGCAGAGCACUGAAGUACUUCAAUACUGCGAGCCUAGAGGGUUUGCAAGAGCUGAGUGGUUGUUCUGCUGAGCAAGCGGCCAAGAUCAUCGAGUUGCGACCCUUCGCAUCCACGACUGACUUGAAGGGCAGGUUAAAUCAAGGGAAAAAGAAAGCCGGACCUGCGGGUAUAAGUCCUAGACUGUUCGAGGAUUGUACGCAGAUCUUCGCGGGAAUUGGAGCUGUCGAUAGUGUCCUCGAGGACUGUGAACGGAUUGGCAGGCAGCUGAAGGCUGCAAUCGCGUCCUGGUCAACCUCAUCGCCGAAAGGAAAAGAGAAGGAAGGUUCUUCGGCAUCCUUGUCUUCGUCAAGAGAUUCCUCGGUGCUCGCUUUGGGUGACGAUGUCGUUGAGGAUGGCGCGUUGAGUCUGCGCUCCUUCGCUCCUAACAGCUCUAAGAAGCCUGCGGGGUUCCUCACCAAUCAACCCUCGCUUCUAGCUGAAGGGGUGCAACUCAAGGAGUAUCAGCUCCUCGGGGUGAAUUGGCUAGCGCUGCUGCAUCGAAAGCGGCUGAGCUGUAUUCUAGCGGACGAAAUGGGCCUCGGCAAGACUAUACAAGUAAUCAGUUUCUUUGCUCAUUUGAAGGAACAAGGCAAUAAAGGACCCCACUUGGUCAUUGUCCCGUCGUCGACUUUGGAAAACUGGUGCCGCGAAUUCGCUCGCUUUGCACCGUCAAUAGCUGUCCAGACAUAUUACGCGGGCAAGACGGAACGCCCCGAGCUUCGGAAAAUGCUGAGUGAGACCCAACGAAAGCAAGAAGACGAUGGUUGGGAGGUCCUUAUUACCACCUACAAUCUUGCCGCGGGCGACGAUAAGGAUCGAAAAUUCUUCCGAAGGAUGGGUUGGGAGACAAUUGUCUUUGAUGAAGGUCACUCCCUGAAGAACUUUUCGUCGCAACGUUAUCAGGCAUUAAUGAAAUACGGGACCAAGUGGAGACUUCUCUUGACUGGCACUCCCCUCCAGAACAAUCUACAGGAGCUUGUGGUUCUGAAGGAUCUGCCCAAGAAGACGGAACGGAUCGAAUGGUGCGAUAUGACUGCGUUGCAGAAGAACAUCUAUCGGAACGCGUUGAGACGCUCACGCAAGACCAUCUUUGACGUCAUGGAACCCGAGACGGCCCAGAAGACUCGAGCCAAAACGAGGACGAAGGACAAGAUGUACCUCGAGAACAGUUCCAACGUGCUUAUGGACCUGCGCAAAGCGGCUUCGCACCCGCUACUCUUCCGUCGCCGGUUUACCGACGACGUCCUGAAUUCGAUAUCGAAGACGCUGCUGAAAGAGCCUGAGUUCAAGAAGCGUGGGGCGGUGUUCGACGCCGUGAAGGAGGAGCUGGAGUUUAUGUCCGAUGCUGAGAUACAAAUAUUCCUUGCAAAGUAUAAGAAAUAUCUUCUUGACCAUAGCGUCUUUAUGGAAGCCGGCAAGAUCAAAGCCCUGUUGACGCUUCUGGAAGAUUACAAGGCUCAGGGCCGUCGAGUGUUGAUCUUCUCUCAAUUCACUGCAGUGCUUGACAUCAUACAAACUGUCUUGGACCACGAGAAGAUCCGCUAUAUCGUUCUGACUGGGUCUACACCGGUGGACACUAGGCAGUCGCUCGUGGACGACUUUAACGAGGACGAGUCCAUCUCGGUCUUCCUCCUGUCCACCCGAGCUGGCGGCAUGGGCAUCAACCUCACGGCCGCUAGCGUGGUGAUAAUGUUCGACCAGGACUUUAACCCGCACAACGACCGGCAGGCGCAGGACCGCGCGUACCGGAUCGGGCAGGAGCGGGACGUGGAGGUGAUCAAGCUGAUUACAAAGGACACGAUCGAGGAGGACAUGCUGCAGCUGGGCGAGACGAAGCUGGCGCUGGACGAGGCGGUGGCCGGGGAUAUCGACGACGGGGAGGGCAAGGGCGAGACGAAGGUGGAGAAGGAGACGAAGAUAUCGCUGAUGAAUGCGCUCCGGAAUAAGCUGGAGAAGGAGGGUUCGGACGACGAGAGCGUGGGUGUGGAGGAUAAGGUUGGGGGGGAUGAGAAUAGUUGA